AUACCAUGUACAGCAUGUUGUAGUACUAUCUUAUGUCAGUACUCAGUAUAAUGUGACUGUAUCAUAGUUUUUGUCCCCUUUCUGGGUAAAAAAAAUACUGGAAACGGCGUGAUCGUCCACUACAUACCUAUGCCGAUUCAGUACAGCUGUGUGGUGUGUGGCACCAAGGUCCUGUGUAGCUACCAAACGGCGGCUGGACCAUUCGAGAAACUACUUACGUCUCGCUUAUCAGAAAUAUCCACGUAUAAAAAGGGAAAGAAAUUCCUCAAUGCUGGCAGCUAUGUGUACUAUACGAUCACGGAGAAUGACGUCACAUUCUUAUGUACCGUAACAGCCGACGUCACAGUGAUGCAGUCAUAUGCUUUCCUGAUUCAGGUGAAGACGCUGUUUUGGCAGGCUGGCUUUGGCUCACGAGAUCUGAUGUCAGCCGAACCGCACGAACUUGACGCUGAAUUUGUGGCAGUGCUUGACACCCAAAUGGAGCUGUAUUCGUCCGACAACAUCCCCCAAGACAACGAAAUAUCACCUCCAGACGAAGAGUCCAUGGUGGCGUCAGAAACGUCGGAACUAGCUGAUCUUGUGGACGAGUUUGAGCUUAUAGACGUAUCCGACAUUAAGGAGGAUGAAGAUAAAGUGAAGUUAAAGGUAAACACGUUCCAGGACAGAGUCAGGGAUAUGAUCAUAAAGGAGGCUGGUGUACGUGCUGAAAAGACAGAAGAACUGGAGUUCUUUGUCGAGAAAAAUUCAAAGAGGCCAAUGCCUUUCGAGAGAACGCAACACGUGUCAGCUGGUUACUUAGGAAGAAGAACAGGCGCUGGAGCAUCUUACUUGGCAUUACCGUCUCCCUAACUGUAGUGGUGGUCAUAGUAUUCGUUAUAUUACUGGGAGUCGGCAUACUGUGACAACACGAUUAACAUACAAUGAGCUGUACGGAAAUGUCCAUAUCUUGUCAGGCUUGUAGUGAACACAUACAAUGAAGUUUCCGUGUUACAAGCACUUGUAACAGGAGUUUUAGACAGAUUAUCUGAGUUGAGGUUGAAAAAAGACCUUUCUAGUAAUCAACCGAUGAUAAGAUAGGCCAUAGUUAGAAUGUCGUUUGCAGAGAUUGGUCUUCGGAGUAUAGGCUUAAGAGGGUUCAGUGUCUUGGGACAAUCAAUGCUCCUUCCUAUGGGAAAGAAGAACUUUCUGACUUUUGAUGAGAAGGCGUAAGUGAGAAAAGACUUUUGGUGGAAUUUCCCUUUCGAGAGAUAGGCCUGACUCUAAAUUACAUUCCAAUUUACACCAGUCGAAUAGCUAAUGGGAUAUUAUCUUCCUGUAGGGCAAGGGGUGUGUGUUAACAUGUCUUCCAACUGUUUCGCAAUACUGCUCAUUAUAGUUCAAGUUACAGGUACUCGUAUGUGGCCAUAUGCUAUUGUACCAUAACAAUACAUAAAACUGUUAUAAGUGGGUAUUACCGUGGAAAGGAUCUGAUAUCCGCAUAAGAAAUAAUGUUGUGCAACUCAUAUUUCCUCCCUGUCUCUUCAUCUUACUGAAAAUAGCUGCGCCAAUAAAAAGUAGCCAUGCCUUG